AUGCGGGCGAGAUCCACCAGCCGACCCCGCGCGCCGCGUCGUCGCUUCCGCGGACGCCGAGACCUCGGGAGGAACCACCGAUGGGCUCGCGCGACGCGCGCGUCCGCCGCGCGACCGCACGGCGUCGUCAUAGGCGCCGGUGUCGUGGGAUUACACUGCGCGUUGGCUCUGAUUGAGUCUGGAAAAUUCUCUUCGGUCCGCGUCGUCGCCGAAAAGACGAACGAGGGGACGACGAGCGCGGUGGCGGCGGCGUUUUGGUACCCGUUCUUGACGAAGACGUCGCCGGAGGAGAUGAGCGAUCGGUGGGCGAUCGAGAGCUUACGAUGGUACGAAGAGGUUGAGCGAAGCGACCGAGAGGCGAAGACGCAGUCGUCGGGGGUGGAGAUUCGUCGAUUUAAGUUUUAUUUGAGGGAGCAAAAGGAGAAACCGGCGUGGGCGGCGGCAUUGAUGCAUCACCGAGAGCUUGAGGUUGGGGAGUACGACGAGAGUCGAUACGCCGGGGGCUUCGAAUUCGACGCGCCCGUGGCGGCGAUGUCCACGUUUUUGCCAUGGUUACUGGAGCGGUGUGAGCGGGCGGGGGUGCAAUUCGAUUGGCGCAAGAUAUCGAGUGUUGAAGACGUCGUGCGUGAUUCGGACGACGUUGGCGUCGUCGUGAAUUGCGCCGGCUUAGGGGCGAGAGAGCUGGUAAACGAUCAGGAGGUGGUGCCUAUUAGAGGCCAAGUUUUGUACACGACGCAGGACUGUGGCCAGGGGUAUUUUGAUGAUAAUCCCGAACGUUUGGGGUAUAUCAUCCCACGCAGGGACGUCACCGUGCUCGGGGGGACUGCGACGAGGGGGGACGAGCGCACGGAGGUGGACGAGGGGGAUACCGCGAGCAUUUUCGAAAAGUGCCAGGAUUUGUUCCCGGAGUUAGACGCAUCGAAAAUUAUCGGUGCGAACGUAGGGCUGCGGCCGUCGCGCAAUGUCGUUCGAUGCGAAUUAGAUGAACCGCUCAGUCGAGGGGCACGCUUGAUUCAUUGCUACGGACACGGGGGCGCAGGAAUGACCUUGGCGCGCGGGAGCGCUUUAGAAGUGCUUCGGCUCGCGCUCGAGGCGGCCUAG